AUGAAGAAUGAUCUUUUGAAUCAUCUUCCUCCGCCACCUUUAUUUACGAUUCGCCCACCACCUAAACCGCCAGGAUCUUUGUUUGAAAAUUUUCAAACCAUUGAAAUUUUAAAUGGUCGAUGUGUACGACCUUCAUUGAAUCUUUUAAAUAUUUCAUCAUCUUCAGCAACGAUUCUUCAUAAAAAUGUAGAAUCAAUUAAUUGGUUAAACAUUUUUCUUCUCGUUUUGGCUGUAAUUAGUGUCAUUUUUUGUAUUAUUAUUGCUAUAUUUAUUUUUAUUUGUCUCAAAAAAUUAAGAAAAGAAAAAAAGCAAUAUAAAAAUUGUAUUAUGUCUACUUCAUUAACAUCAAGACAUCACCAGCAACAUCAUAAUAUUGAGGCGUGUACCAGAACGGGUGAACACUACAAGUGUAUAAAAGACGCUUUCCAUUGUUGUGAUGAUUAUUAUUCUCAUCGAUUAAUACCAAUGAAAGAUAGUUCUUCUAAUUGUAUGCAAAAAUCAAAUGAAAUUCUUCAAUCUUCAACGAUAGAAAACGUUAUUGACGAUCAAUAUUCUUUACAAAAUCAUCAAUAUGAAUGCAUACCUGACUAUAUAUUAACAAUGACUCGUCAUCGUCAUCCUCCAAUAGUUUGUCAUCAUUCACAUCAAUUAUAUAAUCAGACAAAUAAUAUUUGUACUAUACCAUAUGCUAGCUUUUCUCGGUCAUAUCUUAUACCUCAAGCAGUAGCAACAACGAAUACGAGUGAUAGUAGUCAAUGUACAUGUUCAUCUACGCCUUUAACAACAGUUCCUCAUGAAGAAUCAUCAACACCUUUACUUGCUUCAAUGAUAUCGAAUGACUCGAAUAAGAUAAGAGCAACAUCAUCUCCAAAAUCAACGAUGAUUGGAUGGACAAGAAGAAAUCCGUCUUCGUCAACAAAACGAAAAUCAAAUGAACAACAAUACAGUUUUCUAUCUCAAUUACGUAAAUCUUCUAUACUAUAA